AUGGCUACUCAGAACAUGACCGAAGACGCCAAUCAGGCAGCUGACGCGCACCUAGAGGCUUACUGCUCGCAUUUCCGAGCUUGCAUUGGAAAACUGAAAGCCAUAUGGAGACAAGUGGGCAGCGAGGCGGAGGACUGUCGCUCGCAAAUCCUAGUAGCCGCGGAACGGGCACUCGCGGCGUGGACGCAAGCCGUUGAACUAGCAGAGGCUGACAGGCAGAGUAUAAAGGCCGCAAUCCAGCAACACUCUUCGGAAAUAGCCAGUAUGAAGGCUGAGCUUGAUGAUGUGGCGGAGCCGCAGUCCACAGAGUCCUCAGAGUUUCCCAACAUGACUGGCGAGGGCGAAGCGACGCUUCUUCGGACGCUCGAUGCUCUCAAGGGAACCCUACACUUCUGGCGCGUCAAGCGGGCCGCCCGGGUGCAGGCUUACGAAGCCCUCAUGGAGGUGCACAUUUCCCUCAAGCGGCAGCUGGGCAUUCGGCACAAGCCGGUGGAGGACAUGGACAUCACCACGGGGGCACUGGAGUACCUGCAGAUGGAGAACGGCAAGCUCAUGGAGGAUAAGGCAAGUAGUCGGCGGAUGUCCCGGGCGGAGGAGCAGCUGGACAAGUUGCGGGCCAUCUGCCGGGAGCUGGGGGAGGACUGCGCAACGGCAGCAGCCGAGGUGCACCCUGCGCUGAGCUCGCUGAGCGCUGAGAAGGAGUCAGCAGAAGUCCUGGGUUGCGUGUACAAGCUGGUGGGCAGCCCUUCGCACGUCAGCGCGGUCGGAGACCUGGACCUCAGUGACGCCAUGUUCGACCGGCUAUCUGCCAAGAUCACAGACAUGCAACGGCUCAAGACGGAUCGCGAAGCGCAGUCGCGCGACGUGCUGGAAAUGCUGUACAGUUUGUGGGACGCGCUGAGCAUUCCGGAGGACGCCCCCGAGCGCAGCAUGGUGGCCAAGAUGCUAAGUCCCGACCGGCCACAGCGCCUGCACAAGCGCACGCUAGAUAAGUGCCUGUCUGAGGUCAACCGGCUGGAGGGCUGCAAGGCGCAGGCCAUGCGCGAUCUGGCCCUGGCCAAGGCCCGCGAGCUGGAGCAGCUGUGCAUCUCCACCCGCAUCAGCCCGCCCCACACCGGUCCACUUCUGGCAGAGCUGGAUAAGCCGGGACAGAUGACCCAGGUUCUGUCCAAGCUGGUUCGUUUGGUGGCAGAGGUUCAGGUACUCGCAUCCAAGCGCGCGCCCAUCCUGGCUCAGGUGCAGGAGCUUCUUCAGGGCCAGGCUGACAGCGCCUGGCUGCGCUCCUAUAACCAGAACGAGAACCGCUACAAGGGUCGUGAUGCGUCUCGUAACAUGCAGCGUGCCAUCAAGGCAGCCAAGCUGCGAGAGCGGCUGGCACCCAUGAUGGAGUCACUGCUGGCGGCCCUGCAGGAAUGGGAGAUAGAGGAGGGGGGCCCCUUCCUCUACGACGAACAGGUCCUGCAGGAGACACAGCUGCGAGUGGUUGAGGCUGAGCUGGAGCAGCUGGCCUUGGAGAAGGCAACCAAGCCCAAGGGCGCAGCCGCCCCCUCGUCUGGCAGCAGUGCUGCUGCACCGACCGGCAGGCCCACCCGGGCCGCGGCCAGCACCUCAGGGCUGUCGCAGCGUCCAGCUCCAGGGGCAGGUGCGGUGGGGCGGCCGACGCUUUCUACUGGUGGCGGUGCUGCCACCAGCGCCAGCGCCGGCAGCAGUGGCGGCGGCGGCGGCCCCAUGUUGUCGCCUCGCUCUGUCACUGAUGCGGUGCGCCGCAUGUCGCUCGCACCGCCUGUGAGUGCACGCGACGGCGGUGUAUUCCGCGGUGGCUCUACGGCCUCGAAGGUUAUGCGCAGCAAUGAUUUCGCGCCAGGAGCGCUGCGUUCGGCCGCACAGGCUGCCGCCGGUUCUGAAGCUACCAAUGCACCGCACCAGAAUACUAACCGUCUCAACAUGACCACCGGCCGCAUAGCCGCCAGCAGCCAGGCGCCAGGGGGACAAAAGACGCCGCCUGGCCGUGGCUCAAGCGCGGGAGCAGUGUUGGCCGCCGCCACCACCACCACCACCGUCUUCAACUCGUCGCCCGCAGCUGCGACCUCUGCCGUAGGGGUAUCUCCAUCGCCGAUGGUAAGCAAAACUGGCUUAAUGGAGGACGGUGACGAUACAGCAGCAACAGCGGCUGGAUCGACAAGCGGUUGUGUAAAGAAUGCGGCGCAGGACCUGUUCCGGCGGUACCUGGGCGACGCAGCCAAUGUUUCCAGCAAGCCGACGCCCACGAAACCGAAUUCUGCUGGUCCUAAGCCUUCCAAGCUCGACUUCUCCAGUGCCGACAGCGGCAGUGGCGGCGGCGUGGAUGAUGACGGUGCCGACGACGUUCGUGCGACGAAGUGUGAUACGCCCAAGAGCACCGCCACAUCUCGAUCCGGGCAGCAGCCGCUUCGGCAGUCCAAGUCCGGCAAGACGCCGCCGCAGCAGCAGAAGCCGAGUUCGACCGCCCUCAGCCCGACUGAGAACAGCAAGGCCUCCCGCAUCCCGCGUGUCCGCGUGUAAAACACCCCUUUGAGUGUGCGCAUCAAGGUUACUCCGCAGCGAUGGGCGGCGGGACCCAAUUUCCCGUACAAGCUUUCGUACAGCUGUAUGGCCAUGCCAGACGCAGAAGGUAGUAAAUGCAGUGUGGCAGGCUUGGGUCCCUUUAGAACCGUGGAGUCCGUCCGUCGGUCUGUCUGCCGGGAAGUUCCUAGGUGGGAUUUUCUGUGGCUGCACAAAUGGAAUAACGAGUGAGACACGACAGCGCGUGCGCAUACGUGAGUGCGUACCAGCAUCAUCGGCGUGAUUCCAGAUAGACACAGAAAGGAUAAGGAGCGUAAUAUGCGAGGAUGUGGGAAGCUCGGCGUUGAAAGUGUCGCCGCUGCUUGUGGCUCGCCUUUGUCUGAUCCAUGACGCAUGAUGCUUUGACUUGCGUACGACGGGCCAUAGCCAUGUUAGAGAAUCGCUACGCCAUACUUCAAGUACAGGGGCCCAUGCCUCUCAUUGGGUGAAUUGGCACAUGACCUCGUGAUUUACCGUUGGGUUGAUGCUACCGCAGUCUUAGUUGUUGGCGUUGGCAAAUGUAAUGCGACUGCUAAUGAUCAUUGCAGCAGCUGUGGAAGAGGUAUGCUGUUUUUUGUGUAGCGGACGUUGGAUCUAAAACAUAGUUGGGGAUUGGGAUUCAUUGGCUCACCUUGUUGGCUGGUCGUCGCAAUCACGUAAUGACAUUAGCCAUCCAAAAAUUGUACAUUCUCCUUCC